GAGGCGGCGGCCGCGGCCCGGCGGAAAAAUGGCGGCGGCGCUGGCUCCUCCGGCCCCAGCCGCGGCGCCGGUCCCCGACGGAGGCCCGUCCCCGCCGCAGCCGCCGCACGAGAUCAAGAGCCAGUUCCGCACCCGAGAGGGCUCCUACCGGCUGCUGGGGGCCCCGGAGCCUCGCGCCAGGCCCGCCCCGCCCGCCGCCCCCGCCUCGGCUGCCGCCCCGCCGCCCCCGCCGCCCUCCGGGGUUCCCGUCGGAGCCCCCGCGCCGCCCGCCCCCUCGCUGCCCCCCGUGCGCCUCUCGCUGGUGCGGCUCAGCCCGGCCUUGGGGGGCGUAGGGGGAGGAGGAGGAGGCGGCGGCGGCGACCCGUGCGGGGAGGGGGACCCGGUGGGCCUGGCCGCCGAGCGCAGCCGCGUCUGCUUCAACCUGGGCCGAGAGCUCUACUUCUACUCGGGCUCCGGGGGCGCACCGGGGCGGGGACGCAGGUCUAUCGACCUGAAGAAGCCCAUUGACAAGCGGAUCUAUAAGGGGACGCAGCCCACUUGCCACGACUUCAACCAGUUCACUGCUGCUUCCGAAAGCAUCUCGCUGCUGGUUGGCUUCUCGGCUGGGCAAGUGCAGUACUUGGAUCUCAUCAAGAAGGAUACUAGUAAGCUCUUCAAUGAGGAGAGGCUGAUUGACAAGACAAAGGUCACCUUUGUGAAGUGGAUCCCCGAGACAGAGAGCCUCUUCCUGGCUUCCCACGCGAGCGGCCACCUGUACCUCUACAAUGUGGAGCACCCUUGCGGCUCAGCCUCGCCCCAGUACACCCUCCUCAAGCAGGGCGAGGGCUUCACGGUCUACGCCUGCAAGAGCAAGAGCGCCCGCAACCCGCUGCUGAAGUGGGCAGUGGGCGAAGGAGCGCUGAACGAGUUUGCCUUCUCGCCCGACGGUCGCUACCUGGCCUGUGUCAGCCAAGAUGGCUGCCUCCGUGUCUUCCACUUCGAUUCCAUGCUCCUGCAGGGGAUGAUGAAGAGCUAUUUUGGGGGGCUGCUGUGUGUCUGCUGGAGCCCCGACGGGCGCUACAUCGUGACGGGCGGCGAGGACGACCUGGUGACGGUCUGGUCCUUUGCCGAGGGCCGGGUCAUUGCCAGGGGCCACGGCCACAAGUCGUGGGUCAACGCGGUGGCCUUUGACCCCUUCACCACCAGCACGGAGGACGACGAGAGCGGCGAGUUCAGCGGCAGCGACGAGGACAUCCAGGACUCUGCCAAUUUCUGCAGGGUGCGGACCAGCAGCACGCUGUCCCAUCUCUCUAAGCACAGCACCAAAAGUACCCCCACGGUGACUUACCGGUUUGGGUCUGCCGGCCAGGACACCCAGUUCUGCCUUUGGGACCUGACGGAGGACGUCCUGUACCCCCACCACCCGCUCUCCCGGGCCCGAACGCUCACCAACACCUUCAGCGCCGGCAUCCCCCCCUCGGGGAGCGGUGGGAGCAACCUGGCUGCCGAGGCCGGCGGGGGGGCCCUGCCCCGCUCGCUGUCCCGCUCCAACAGCCUGCCGCACCCAGCUGUCACCAGCGCCGCCAAGAGCCACGUGGCCGACGGCACGGUGCCCUUCAGCAUCGGGAAGUUCGCCACGCUCACCCUGCAGGAGCGGAAGGACAAGAACGCCGAGAAGGAGCACAAGCGCUACCACAGCCUGGGCAACAUCAGCAAGAGCAACGACAAGCUCAACGUGGUGCCCCGGAGCAAGCUGGACACGGCCAAGGUGCUGGGCACGGCACUGUGCCCCCGCAUCAACGAAGUGCCCCUCCUGGAGCCCCUCGUCUGCAAGAAGAUUGCCCACGAGCGGCUGACCGUGCUGCUCUUCCUGGAGGACUGCAUCAUCACCGCCUGCCAGGAGGGCCUCAUCUGCACGUGGGCCAGGCCGGGGAAGGCGACCUUGAACUCCCAGAACGGCGGCUCUCCCAGCGGCACGGUGGUAUAACCCGGAGGCGCUUCCCCCCCUUUGGCUGACCUCCUCCUCACAGGUGUCUGUGACUCUUUGCCCUGCCGAGGUCCCUUGGCCAAGAUGGCGAAGCUCUCCGCCUCUCCAGCGGCUUCUGAGUAUGUACAGGUUGUCCCCUUCCUCCUUCGCCUGUGACACUUAACUGUAUGGAAAAAGAGAGAGAGAGAGAGAGAGAGAGAGACUAACAGAGUUAAUAUAUUGAGACCUAUGUAGCACAGGACCCUUUGCACUUCUUCUCAGCUAUUUAAAAAAGAAAAGAAAAAAAGUAUUAAUAUGAACCAUAUUUAAAGCUAAGAUCUUAGCACAGGCUGCUGCCGGGGCAGAUUUUGCACAAGGGUGAACUGAGCUGCCUCCACCCCACCCUGCCCCCUUGCCCCUCGUAUCCCAGACGGGGAUUCCUCACUGCCUUCCAGCUGGCCUGCUGCUCUGGACUGGAUAGGACCCGUCUGCGAUCUUCACCUGCCCUAACCCAGUUCCUCGGAGAAAGCGGAAGGAAUCCCUUUUGCACAGGGGGAGAACGACCCUGCCCCGAAGGAAGAACACCUCCCCUCCUCUUCAUCUCUUCGUUUUAAAUUUUAUGUGUGUUUUGCACAACGCGUCCCAGUUUCUUGUGGGACCCAUGGCCCUCCCCUCCGCCAGCAGGGUCUUUUCAGUCUUUAACAGCAGGAUUCUCUCCCCAACUUUCCCUCCUCCUCCCCCCCCCCCAGUGUAACCAACUGGUCCACAGACACACGUUGCCAGGUGUUUGAGAUCCAGCGAGAUACUGCCCGGGUCCUCUUGCCAACGUCCUGUGUCUCAGCCUUGGGGCCUAGACAGCUGCCCAUCCUCACAACCUUCUCUGUGGUCCUUUCAGAAGCAAAACGGAUCUUUUUCCUCUGAACUGAGCUGACAAGCGGCUCGGUUUGUCAGCCCUUUCUCUUCUCCACGGAUCUGCUUUUGGGUUAGAUCUCGUCUCGGGCCUGUUUGUACCACAUGGCUUUCCCCACACCCACCCCAGUUUGAUUGACGUAUGUCUGUCAAUGCACAUUUUAAAUAGCCAGCCCUCCUAAGGUUGAGCAUGGGCUGCAAACCCCAGGCAGGUGCAAGUAAAUCAGUUGGAGGUUUCAGCCGCUCAGAAGCCCACAGUCUCAAACCCUUGACUUGGAAGGGUUACAUUUACAGGAGGAGGAGCUGCCAUCUUGUUUUCAAAAGAAUAAAAUUGGGCACUAGUGGAGGGUGUUUAAGAGAACGUUGAAUAUUGAAGCGGAAUUAUCCGUGCAGUAACUGGAAGUUCAUCCGUCCCGGUAGAUGGUUGCUUGGGCUCGGCGGUUUUCCUACUGUGGAUGUGGCUUAGUAGGAGAGGGCAAAUAUUUUAGGUGGAGCCAAUUCUGUGAUGUCAUCGGCUGCUGCCGGCAGAGAAAGCCGCCUGCUUUCCUUUCUCGCCAAGCCUCUUGGCCAGAGAGAAGAGUCAAGGGCUGAAACAAACAGCAGCAUGGGGAGAAAUUAAGACUGGGCAGCCAUUCUGGUGCAUAACUUUGCGCGGAGCCUUAAGAGAGCCCUGGGGAUGCCAUGGUAGGUCUUUCUUGGGGCAUGGCCAGGAUCCCAGUAGAGCUUCUAGACCAGUAGAGCUUAUCUCUAGACAUUUCAACUGCUUGUCUGUAUUCUGUCCACAGGAAAAAAUGAUAGGAAUAUGUGUCUAUUCUGGGCCAGGCUUUGAUCAGCUCAGGACAGGUUUUGAUCGGCUUGAGGAUUCCGGGUUGCACCUGAUGCUAGGCCCUACGCAGAGUAGACCCGUUGGAAUUAGUGGGCCUAAGUUAGGCCAGGUAAUUUAAGCGGGCCUACUCGAUAAGUAGGGCUUAGCGCCAGCUACAACCCCUCCUGUUGCAGAAAACAGCUGCUCCAAAACGGAUUCAAAAAAAUACAUGCGUUCAGUACGUGGCCAUUUGAAAUAUUCCUAACAUCCUUUGUCCCUUUGAUCCUUUGGCAAUUGAGGGCAGUCUUAAGAGACACACGCAGAGAGCCAGUUUUCUGCAAGUGUGUUCUAUUUUAUUUAUUGCUUCAUAAGCGUUAAAAGUACAGUUUGGGGCAGCUUUGAGCCUCUCUACCACACCUGCAUUUAUGUAUGCAGUGCCAUGCUUCUGCGGCUUAUCUUACACCCUGGAGUACAGGCGGAGCAGCCUUCGCCAACCCAGUGCCCUCCAGGCGUUUGGGACUACAACUCCCACGAAGCUCAGCCUAUGCAGCUGUGGGGAGUUGUAGCCCAACACACUUGGAAGGCUGCAGUUUGGGGAGGGGGUGCUGGGGGAAAAACUCCCAAUAACCUGGGCUGAAAACUUCCCGCAAACUUUCCAAGAGGAUCCCUCGGCUUCAUGCACUAGGAGCAGUUUUCUCUGUGGGGACUAGUAUUCCGUUUGCAGCUCUUUGCCCUGCGGAUCUGAGCUUCCAGCAAGAGCCAGGAUAAAGGAUGCUGGUUUCUGCAGAAGCAUCCCAUGUCCUACCAGUUUGCCUGUUUCCCCAAGUGUAUCGUGGGGGGGGGGGCACCAGGAUUUGUGCCUGUAACAGUCUCCCAACUCACCAGUAGAAUUGGUUGAGGCUUGGCACUGUCCAGUGGACUCAAAAGCAGCUCUCGUUUUUAUAGUGUUUCCAGCAGAGGCAAGCCUGGGCAGGAGCAGGGCUUGACUGAGUUGCUCUGAAGGCAGGGCUUCCUGCCUGCCAUGCCUGGUUUCUAACACAAGAGGGCGUAAGGCUUGACCGCGCCUGGAAGGCCCUUCCCUGGGAUCCCAGGGGAGCCGGCUGUCAUUUUAUGGUGGCCACCUGCACAUGCCCAGAGGCGCCCACGCUCUCGUUGGCAACACCUGCGCACAUCCUGGGGUUGGGCCCUUAGCAUUCGAGACUCUGCCCCGUCACAAGCCCAGCCACCUGCGUUUGCCACAAGUCUUCACCUUGGGACGACAUAUCAGCUGCCCGGCAAAGGCUCGAAGGCGGAAGCCAGCCUGGCAAGGGGGCCCGUCUUGUAUGUCACGCUAAGCUCACUGUGAACCCAUCGUCAGCUCUGCAUCUUGCAAAACGCGGCCCAUAGAAAGCAACCGGGAUAGGUGGGUGGGGGGAAAACCCCUCUCCCAGAGGAGGAUUGACCAUCACAGGACUGGCUCCCCUCCCCCAGGAAAAAAAAGCCAUACUGGGUGCAGAGCCACUUCACACAAUCUUCACACCUGCUUCAUCCCAGCCUGGUCAGAGGAAUGUGGGGAGCAGAGGAGGGACUCUGCUUGGAUCCUUCACAGAGACCUUGGCGGACAGUAUUACUUUUGCUCUUUCCCUCCCCCUUCCCCCGCUGCGCCUCCCAAAUGCAUGUGGCCCUCGCACUCUUGUCUGCCUCCCCCCCCCCCAAUCCUGCGGCCUUUGCCUGCCAGCUGGUGUCUGGCAGCCGAGACCCCCCAACCCCCCCCCCCAAGUCCGCAGAAGAACACGCCCGGAAGCUGCGACGAUGACGCCCCCCCUGUGCCUUCGUCACUUUACUACCUGCUCUCUAAACGUUUGUUAUUGUUGUGUCUGAAGAGUGUUUAAAUUAUAGAAUCGUGAACUCCUAUUUAUACUAAAGAGACAGUUUUCACACCA